CAUAACCUCUGCUCCAAUUUGCUUAGAGUCGAUAUGAGCAGCUAACGUUAGCUCGUGAAAGCUUCAUGUCGCUGUAGCGGGGAGCGGGCGUUAUGUUACGUAGCCUGUGCCAGCUGAACUAAGCUAAUAGUCAAAACGGUCGGAUAGGCAGCAACUCUGACAGCUGUCACUAAACAUCGACUUGACAGUAAAUGUUAAACAUGACAUUCUUUACGUACAUUUACAUUGAAGGCAGGGGCCUCGUCCAUGUGGGCUUCAUGCUGUGGUCUGCUGAAUGAAGUCAUGGGUACUGGGGCCGUCAGAGGCCAGCAGCCAGGGUUUGGGGCCGGUGCUGGACCCUUCAGAUUUGCCCCCAGUGCAGGAUACUCCACAUACCCGCCCACCAGCUCAGGGAGUCCCAGUGUUGUAUGCAAGGCCUGUGGUCAGGCUUUCUCAGUCUUUAGGAGGAAGUAUAUUUGCUGCGACUGCAAGAAGAGCUUCUGCUCUUUGUGCUCCGUGCUUCAGGAGAAUCUGCGCAUUUGUGCCACAUGUCAUUUGCUGAAGGCAACAGCCUUUCAGCGGCCGCGGCUCAUGCGCCUACGAGUCAAGGAUCUGCGUCAGUACUUGCUGCUCCGUAACAUCCCCACUGAUACCUGCAGGGAAAAAGAAGACCUGGUGGACUUGGUGCUCUGCCACCAAGGCAUUGAGGAAGAGGAGGACCCCGACACGGGCAGUCUCCGCUCUCGUUCCAUGUAUACCCCGACCCCUACCACACAGUCUGCCUCAGAGCUGUCUACUCUGGUCGCCUCUCAGGAGGAGCCGCUCAGCAGGAGUGAUAGCUCUGAUACCAACCAGGAUAUAGGUGAUGCCACAUCUGAGUCUCUCCUCAACUUGGACCCCAGUGAAACCACUCCUGAGGUCAGUCCUCAGACACGACGUCGGGCCCGAGCGUCUCUCUCAGACAUCUCCAGCUUGAGGGACAUCGAGGGCCUCUCUGUGAGGCAGCUAAAGGAGAUCCUGGCCAGGAACUUUGUCAACUAUUCAGGUUGCUGUGAGAAGUGGGAGCUGGUGGAGCGCGUCGGCAGACUUUACAGAGAGAAGGAGGAGAACAGGAAAUCAUUGGAAAAUGUGAGCAGUACUGUAACCACAGUGGUGGCCUUCCCCCCUCCCAUCUGCAACGGUGCCAUCGGAGAUCGUGAGAAGGGUCCGCUGACGAUCCAAGACGACAACCUUUGCAGGAUCUGCAUGGACGCCAUGAUCGACUGCGUUCUCCUGGAGUGCGGUCACAUGGUCACCUGCACCAAGUGCGGCAAGAGGAUGAACGAGUGCCCGAUCUGCAGGCAGUACGUCGUGAGGGCCGUGCACGUCUUCAAGUCCUAGUACAUCACUUCAGCCCCUGCUUCAGAGCAGCAGCUCAGACUGAGACUGUACCUUAAUGAACCAUGCAGCUCAUAACUUAUGAAUCUCCCCUCCCCCAAAAAAACAACAAUUUUGUGGAUGUUCCAUGUUUGUAUCCCCUAAAUUCUCACAUUAUUUGCACAGGGGGAAUAUUAUGUGAAAUGUGUACUUCUUAAGAAUUUGACUCAGUUUCAGUAGUGGGCAGAGCGUAGGAUCGUACCAUCCUAUGAGUCAAUCCUCAAGGAAACGUAUUUUAAGUCUGUGUUCAUUCCUAAGUGUCUGUUUUUCUUGUCUCACAAUGUUUUCAAAGCAAAGAAUGUGUGGCACUCAGCCACGUGCAGUCUUGUUCCACACAACUCACCCUCAGAUCUGCCUAUAAACUGUAGCUGGCACUCAGCUCUGCUGAGUAUUCUUAAGAGCACCUCUCUUUACAACUGCUGCAAGUGACUUACAUAUCUUAGUAACACAGAAGACAGACACAUACUGAAACUCGCCACAGUAGAGAGGGGGUGAGUGAAACAGGUGCCAAAUAAUGGGUCAUGCCCCCAUGCGUCUCACCCAUUUUUCCCCUCAACUGUGUGAGCCAGUGUGUGGCUGAACAGAAAGCACUUUGUUCACAGUUCACCACUGCAAACUUUGUCCAGUAACAGUGGCUGAGGUAGGAAGUGUACUAAUUCUUAAAUACUUGUCCCAACUUAAGCUUGACUGAGGGAGUUUGAAGGGCCACUAACUUUUUUUAGGUUGGUGGAAAAAGCUAAUGGGGAAUCACUGAGCUUGAUUUCUGUUUAAAUGAAACUUGGUGUUACUUAGCCCACAAGUGAGCAGGUGCGUGAUAUUGAUGAAGUCAAUCAAUGCAUUAUCAACUUUAUUACAUUCACCUCUUUUGUUAUAGAAGCGCUUAUUGCAAUGCAUUACACAUUGAAAUGGUCACACAAAGUCUGUCAUUACAGCAAUAGCUAACCUCCUCUAUCACCUCUGUCCUGUCUCAGCACUUUAGUGGAGACAAAAGACAAAAAACGGUGCUAACUCAUCCAACCAUCUUCCCUGAAUUCCAGCUGAACUGUGGAUGUGAAACUGAAUGUUUUUCAUUUUUGUUGUUGUAUAUUGGGAGUGGACUGAAGUGUCUUACUGCGUUUUAGUUGAUUUUCUCUCACGUAGGACUAAUGUAUUGAACUAUCUAUUCAAAGAUAUAGCUAUGAGUUUAUUGACACCUGUGGUAUAGAAAGUAUAUAGAAAUAAUGACUUGCUAAUGUAAAUUUGCAUAUAUUGAUCAAUAUGAGAUGUAUAUAUCUAUAUUUUUUUUCUAUUUGAUUUAAAUUGUGUAAUAUCAGAUUAUUGAAAUGUCCCUGGGAUUGGAUUAGUUAUUACAUAAACAUUACAUUUUCCUGUCAGGUGGUUUAAAGUGUGUUUAAUCUGCAUAGGUUUGCUUGAACUACCUGUCCCUCUUGAAGUAGAGCAUGACAAGAACCUGAAUGACACUGGUUAUGUUAUGUUAAUUUUCUUUUCCCAUUAAUCUAGCUCAUUAAGAAUUAUCCAGCUCUGCACUGUACCCACACAAAGUCAACAUUGCUGCUAUUAGAGUAAAGCUGUCCCCAACAAUCAUUACCGGGAGCAGAGCAGGUUGCACUUUUCCUUUUAGAGAGGGCGUAAUUGUGUGCAAUUUGGUCUUUGUAUUUGGGAUUGUUGAACUUUUUAUUUUGGUAAUUAAAGAUUUUAAUUAAAGUCUGUUUUUGUAUACUCAUGCACAAGCGACGUCCCUGUACUAUCUUGGAUAAAGUAAUGAUUAGUGUUCAAAUGAUCAGUCGAUUAAUUGAUGAACACAAUAUUUUCAUAAUUGAGUAAUCGUUUUAAGUAAUUUUUAAGGCACGCCAAACAUGGACUGGUUUUAGCGUGUCUUGCAGGGGUUCUGUUUUAUAUCAUUGUAUUUAGGGAUUUUUACAAGAUAAACUAUAUUAAAGGGAUGCAUACAAUUGAA